GCGCAGAGGCAGCGGGAGCCCAGGAGCAAACGAGCCGGCCAUGGGCAAGUCAGCUUCCAAACAGUUUAAUAACGAGGUCCUGAUAGCCCACAACGAGUACCGGAAGCAGCAUGGCGUCCCCCCGCUGAAGCUCUGCAAGAAGCUCAACCGGGAGGCUCAGCAGUAUUCAGAGGCCCUGGCCAGCACGAGGAUCCUCAAGCACAGCCCGGAGUCCAGUCGCGGCCAGUGUGGAGAGAACCUGGCCUGGGCAUCCUACGAUCAGACAGGAAAGGAGGUGGCUGAUAGAUGGUACAGUGAAAUUAAGAACUACAACUUCCAGCAGCCUGGCUUCAACUCUGGGACUGGACACUUCACAGCCAUGGUCUGGAAGAAUACAAAGAAGAUGGGAGUGGGGAAGGCAUCUGCAAGCGAUGGCUCCUCCUUUGUGGUGGCUAGAUACUUCCCAGCAGGGAAUGUCGUCAACCAGGGCUUCUUUGAAGAAAAUGUCCUGCCUCCAAAGAAGUAACUUGCCAAAUGCCAACGGGCAGGUGGCAGACUUAAGAACAUGGAUAUGAAGUGCCUAGAACAACAAAAACGCAGCUGUGUGUCUGUCUUUGUGGGUGUAUGUGCUUGUGUGUGUGAUGCAUGUGCAUGUCUCUUGCACACACACUUGGAUAUACAUUUUUGCAUGAACUCAUUCUUAUCAAAGGAAUGAGCCAGGGAAGCCUUUACUCUGAUUGUUAGACCACAAUUAUUUGGUCUUUGGGGGAAAAAAUCAAUUUUUAAACUUUUUGUUAUUUUUUUAAGCAAACUUUUGUACCUUUCUUACUUAUAAUAUCCCUGAACAUUUCGUAUUUCAAAUGUUUGUAAUGCUGAGAAGUGAAGUUCAUUUCCUGUGAUCUUCAUGCAUUGUAAUCUACUUGUGGUAGAUAUUUAAGAAUAUUAAACCUUCAUUUAAAUGUGACAGAAAA